AUCAGUUCGCGACUAUCAAGGAAAUCAUUCCUCUUCCUGUUUUACCCUUUUCUUCCUGUUUUUUUUUAAUAAUUAAAUUAAUUAAUUAAUUAUUUAUAUUAUAGUAUUAUUAUAUCUGGUUUUUGUUGGUGUGUUCCUCUGCUUUCUCUUUCUCUGUGUGUUAGAGGGAGAGAGGGGAGGGAGAGAGAGCGAGCGAGAGAGUCCAAAAAGCUACGAAUUUUAAUGGAUGCUUCGAUCUAUGCCCUCUUCAGUGUCAAAGAUAAUAUUAUCUCCUAGAAACAAGCCCAUUUCAUUGGGAUUGCUUGUGUUGAAGGAAUUUAGAUUUUAGCACAUUGCCUUGGGCUUAAAAAGUUGGUUUCUUGAGGUGGGAUUUCAUGGGUUGAACCCAAAGAAUAAUGGGUAGCACUCAAAGAAUAAUGGGUAGCUUGAUUGAAGAGGAACAUCGGUUUUUUGAUGCAUACGAUGACAUUGCAUCAAUUUCUGAUGGAAAGUCCGAUGUUAUUCAGACAUUUGAUUCCCAUUCUACUUCUGAUGAUUCAAUUCCAAGUAGUCCUCCUUAUGAAGUAUGGAUGAGAAGCCCCAUUAGUGUUGUUGAGCGGCGAAGCAAGUUCUUAAAUUGGAUGAGGGUGGGAUUAGAUCAAAGUGGAAAUGAGAAUUUAAUCGCAGUACAUAAUGUGGAAGGGGAGACUGAUAGAAUUAGAGAGAGCAGUGGGGCUGUGUUGAGAAAAUCAGUUUUUGAGGAUGAGUUCUGUUCAACUCGGUCUACAAUGUCAUGUUGGUCUAAUGAUAGCUCCAAUUUGAUAGAGGAGUUGGGUUCAAAGGCUGAUUUCAUAUGUAGGGAGGGGAGUUCUGGUGGGGGAAUUGUGUGCAAUGAUGAAGUGAGCUUUGAACACUCUCUAACAGCUGAGGAAUCUGAGAACACUUCUAGAUCAUCUUCCUCAUUCAAGCAACUUAUACAGAAGGAAGUUGAGGAACCGAGUACUCCUAUGGGUACCCCAAGAAGUGCGAAGAAGCGGUGGUUGAGUCUAUUGCGCUCCAUAGCAUGUGUUGUGGAUAAGCAACGAGAAGCUGAAAAAUUGAGGCAUGACGGUGUCGAUUCGCUGUUAGAAUACAGGGUACAGAGAGUUAAGGUUCGCCAAUGUGGGAAGCGGACAAAGGAACUUUCAGCUCUUUAUAAAGGACAAGAUAUCCAGGCUCAUGAGGGUUCAAUUCUCACAAUGAAAUUUAGUCCUGAUGGCCAAUACCUUGCAAGCGCUGGAGAAGAUAGAAUUGUGAGAGUGUGGAAAGUCCUGGAAGAUGAGAGAUCAAAUGAACUUGAUAUUCCAGAAAUAGAUCCAUCCUGCAUAUAUUUCACUGUCAAUCAACUGUCUGAGUUGAAACCCCUCUUUACUGAUAAAGAGAAAACAGCAAAAUUGAGGAACCUGAGGAAGACAUCAGAUUCUGCUUGUGUCAUUUUCCCUCCAAAAAUUUUCCGGAUAUUGGAGAAACCAUUGCAUGAAUUCCGUGGACACAACAGGGAGAUCUUGGAUCUCUCCUGGUCAAAGGAUCAUCAUUUGCUGUCAGCUUCGGAGGAUAAAUCAGUUCGUCUAUGGCGAGUAGGAACUGACCAUUGCCUCAGAGUCUUUUCACAUAGUAAUUAUGUAACAUGUGUUCAGUUUAACCCUGUGAACAAUAAUUAUUUCAUGAGCGGUUCCAUAGAUGGAAAAGUUCGCAUUUGGGCAAUUCCCAGUUGCCAAGUUGUCGAUUGGACUGAUAUCAAAGAAAUAGUUACUGCGGUGUGUUAUCAUCCAAAUGGACAGGGAGGGAUUGUAGGCUCCAUAGGAGGCAACUGUCACUUUUAUAAUAUGUCAGACAGUCACUUGCAACUGGAUGCUCAGAUAUCUUUACAUGGUAAAAAGAAGUCACCUUGCAAAAGGAUAACCAGCUUCCAAUUUUUCCCACAAGACUCAACCAAAGUAAUGGUGACCUGUGCUGAUUCACAAGUUAGAAUUCUUCAAGGUCUUAAUGUGAUUGGCAAAUACAGGGGUCUGAAAAAUGCAGCAAACCAGAUAUCUGCGUGUUUUACUUCAGAUGGAAAGCAUAUUAUCUCAGCCUGUGAAGAUUCCAAUAUAUAUGUGUGGAGUUGUGUUAAUCAGGAAGAACAUGUUCCUGCACAAGCAAAAAGCACAAGGUCUUGCGAGCGUUUCUCUACAAAUGCAUCCGUUGCAAUACCUUGGUGUGGCUUUCAACAUGGGAACUCCGAAAAUGGAGGGGGAUUUUAUGUCUCAAAUGAUGAUCCACCAGAAGCUGUGCCAUUUUCUUCACCAGCUGGUUUCUCUCUGAGCCAAGAAUAUUUUCUAGAACCCUUUCCCAAGGGCUCUGCAACUUGGCCAGAGGAAACACUUCCUUCCUCAAGCCCGUUGUCCACAUCAUCAGCAAUGCACAAAUCACAGUACAAGUUUCUGAAAGCUUCAUGUCAGAGUGCAGCCACUUCUCAUGCAUGGGGUCUAGUCAUUGUGACUGCAGGAUGGGAUGGACGAAUUAGAUCAUUCCACAAUUACGGGUUACCAGUAUAUGUCUAAUAUUUUAUCGGUUUGACAGUGCUUCAGAGAAUCACAGUUAUCCCUUUGGUUGGGAUCUAUAGUACCCCUUCCAAAGUUAUUCAGCAAAUCUGGUGAUGCAUGGGCCAUCAAGUAGACAAGUACCGUUGAAUAUGGCAGCAUGAACAGUAGCAGCAUGUCCAUAUUUGAAUGAUUUAUGCAGUAUUGCAAUAUUGGUUGAGAUUCGGGGCUGGGCCCUUUUUAGAUAUCAGAGGUGUAUGGAAAGAAGUGGCAAAAAUUCUGAGGUUACAACGUAAUCCAGCUCGGGAGGAGCAAAUGGUUGAGGUUAGCUUGUCUGGAUUGCCCAUUUUAAUCUUACAAUUUUUUUGAUUUGUUACUUUGAGAAAUCUUUGUUUGCCAGUCCAGAAAAAGAAUUGCAAGUCAUGUGUUAAGGGAUAGCAAUUAGAGAUAUUAUAUCUUUAUAAUGGAGGUGGUAGUGGGACCUUUGCAGAACUUGUUUCUCUGGCUUUGCUAAAAUGGGAGGAUAGAAUCCAGAGCUGGUGGUUUGAGUUAAUUUGGGGGAAAAUGGUGGGGGAACUUCUCCAUUAUAACAUAUUGGCUGAUCUGAAUGAUUGAAUUUUUUGUCUGCCAUUUGGACCUCAUGGUAGGGUCAUAUUGGAACCCUGUUCUUCAUCCAAAUGGCUUGUUUAGUUAGCCUAUUGCUCAAACCAUCUGCAAGCCAUCCCCAUUUUUAUUUGGUGAACACAUUUCCAUUGUAAAGCUUGUGGCUUUCGCUCAUGGGUGCCGCGGGGCAGUUGACUAACCUUCGGUUAUCGUCUGGGUUAACGACCGGAGUGCUGAUAACAGCCUUUUUGUCUUGCUAACAGAAUUUUGUACAUGAACUCUUUAAAUUUAUUCUAACAUUACCUGGAUUAGUUUUGAGUUGCUAGGUUUUUAUCUUUUUCUGUUUGGCCUUGGGGAAAGUUUUGGGAGGAAAAUCCUUCUGGGUUUAGCAUACAGCAAUUGUAGUUAUGUAAAUAAAACCUUUUCAGAGGUUAUUUUUCCAUGUAUACUGAUUUGGCUAUGGCUUGGAAAUUGAAAAAGGAAGCCAGAUAUAUUUGAUGAGCAUUUGUUUGUGAA